CAGUAGCUUCCCCCGCCAAGAGCCAUUUAAUGAGUUGUCAUUAAACUUCAGAGGUGCAGAGCAUUUCAUAUACUUACUGCAUUUCUUCUGCUCCAAUUUCACAACCGUCGAAUAUUUGAAAAUAAAUCAUAUCCAAUUUCUCACUCUAAGGUACGCAUUCAUUUUUCUGGUUGGGAAAUGGUGCAAAGUUACAAGUGCUUGAGUAGAACUCUCAUAGUGCAUUCACCGACUGUUCUAUUGCUUAAAAGUUUUAUGUCUUUAUCCCUGUAGAUAAAUUACAUUUAUCUUCCUACUAUACUCAGCAAGCUUUGAUUUGGGAGCUCGGAUGAUUCCUUUUAAGCUGCUCGACUCUCAUCCAAAGAGAGGCGUGGAGGAAGCUAGAACAUCCUUUCCUGCCGGUCAUCCGAGGCUAAUCCAUUUCGAUGAUCUAUUCUCAUUGACCAGAGGUGGUGUUGUGAGUAUAGAGAAGGAUGAGCAUUCAGCUGAUUCGUGUAGAGGAAGGAAGCAUUACCGUCCAGGUGAAAGUGGGCUAGAAGAAGAGGAAAGGAGCAGCAAGCAGAGUGCAGCUCAUAAGGAGGAGGAUGACUUAUCAGAAGUGUUUGAUAAAGUUUUGCUGUGCACUGAUGAAAAUGAUGAUUCUCCAUCUGGAGCAGCGAAACAACGACAGAUAAGGCGAAGUGGUCGCAAGAGCCGUUCAAAUAAACAAGGAGACGGUUGUGAAAUUGUAGAUCUGCAGUCUCUUUUGAUCAUUUGCGCAAAAGCUAUUGCUGAUGCUCAGUACAGGGAUGCAGAAGAACAAUUAAAGUUGAUCAGGCAGUACUCUUCGCCUACUGGUAGCGCAAACCAAAGGCUGGCACAUGCAUUUGCCGAGGGUCUUGAGGCACGGCUAACUGGAACCUGGCCACAACUCUAUCCUUCGUCGUCAUUUCGCAACAAGAUCUCAAUUUCCGAAUUACAAAAAUCCUACCUGUCAUCAUCUAUGCCAUUUAUGAGGAUAGUAAUCUUCUUUGCGAAUAAAAUGAUUUACGAAGUAGCAUCAAGAGGUGCAUCGCUCCACAUUAUAGAUUUUGGCAUUCUUCUUGGUAUACAGUGGCCCACUCUUAUUAGAGAUCUUUCACAACGACCUGGUGGCCCUCCAAAACUUCGAAUAACAGGGAUUGAGCUUCCCCAACCUGGUUUUCGCCCUUCGCAAAUGC